AUGAAGGUCACCACCGCUCUCGUAGCCGUCGUAGGCACGCUCGCCCUUGUCGCACCACUUAGCUCCGCCUCCCAACCCGUUGUCGAGCGUGACAGUGUAGCCGUCUCAAACAACGAAUGGAAACCCAGAGGAACAUCAUGCAAAGUGUCUGCACGAGCCAACAAGAAGCAACAACACCGAAACAAGAAGAAGAAGAAGGGCAGUCCCAAAAAAGUGGUAGUCGCUGCCAAGGCAAAAACGACACAGCGAAAGACGAGUUCCAAGCGUCCCAGCAGUACGAAUAAGCUGACUUUUGUGACGUCCAAGGUGGUGGCUGCUAGCAGUACCAAAGCCAAAGCGGUGACUUCGACCGCUUCGUCUGCUGGAUCUGGUUCGACUGGCACCACAGGCUCUUCCGGCUCCCUAUCGUCGUUCGAAUCGACCAUCCUCUCGAUCCACAACACCGACCGAGCCAAGCACUCUGCCUCCCCCCUGACCUGGUCUCCCACCCUUGCCUCUGCUGCCGCCUCCUGGGCCGCAAAAUGCCAAUGGGGUCACACACCCAACAACCCGUACGGCCAGAACAUCGCUGCGGGCACCUGGACCGAUUUCGGUGCCAAAGACGCCACAGACCUGUGGUACGACGAAAUCUCCCAAUACGAUUUCAACAAGGGUGAAUACAGCGAUGCUACGGGCCACUUCACUCAGAUGGUGUGGAAGUCUUCCAAACAGUUGGGAUGUGCGUUGCAAAAAUGUUCGGGUGAAUCUCUAGGAUUCGGAAGUGGGAGUGGGGAGGCAAAAUAUGUGGUGUGCAACUACGAUCCUCCUGGAAACUACAUCGGUAGGUUCAAGGAGAACGUCUCGCAGAACUGA